AUGGAAUUGUUCAUAUAUGAAAGCCAAGCUUUUACAGCAUAUCUAACAGCUAUAACACCGGAGAAAACUUACCUGACUCUGAUGGCUAUGAGGCAAAAGGAGGGCAAAUCCCUGAGGAGUUACGUUGAUAGUUACAAUAAGGCAUGUAGUAGCUCCUUGGCUAAGAAGGGGGCCAUGACGUAUGAUGAAGUCCUGAGGCAAUGUCGAAAAUAUGGGAGGGAAAGAAAGAAAAAACGAGUUCACCAAGACGGGAAAGAUCAAGAGGCAGGAAGGAAGAUUGAAGGGAAGAUAAGUAGGGCGAACGACUGCUCAACCCAGAUGGCGGAGGUUCUACAAGCGAUUGAAUACGACCGUGACUACGGUCACACAACAGAGGAGUGCCGACACUUGACAGACGAGAUCGAGAGGCUCAUCCGAGCAGGGCAUUUGAAGGAAUUUGUGUACAAAGACAAGGAGAAGAGACAAUGUCGAGAAGACACAUAUAGAACUGAUAGGGAGGAUGAGGAGGACGACAUGGAGGAAUAUGAACGUCAGGGGGCUCGUAAAUAUAGAGAGCAUAAUGUCAUGGUGAAGAGGGCUGGUCAGUCUUGGUACAAGAAUGGGGAACAAAGACAUACACAAGCCCUGAUUACUCGCCUGAAUUGGGCCAUGAGGAAAGUGGGCUGGAAAUUAUAG